CGAAAAGGAAACGGAAGGCAGACUCAGUCACCUAGUACACACACUGUGUCCAAUGGUGGAGACAAAAAUACUAGAUAUGGCCAGAAAUACUUGAAUAUGGGGGAACAUCUAGUGCCUGUGUUGUUUAUAACAGCAAAUGUUGGUUCAGUGUUCGAAAAUCGAGAUGGACUGGAAGAACGCUGGAUUCGAGAAACAGUUACUACAAUAACAAGAUUCAAGCCAAAGUUUGUAGCACUUCAUUUUCAAGAAAGUGGAGGAAAAGAUUCUGGAGAAGAAUCCUUAGAAAAAGUGAAGGAAUUUGUCCGAAUCUUCAUCGAUCAAUCGCUGAUAAAAGAAAAAUUCGACAAAGUGCGAGCAUGGUUCGAUCAAGAUUAUCGUUCAAAGGAGCGAUAUACGGCACUUGGCUGUGUAUAUCUGGUAAGCAAGUCUUUAGAGGAUGUGUUACUCUGGAAUUUCAAAGAAUCUGCAUUCUCCAAGGUUGAGGGAGAAGAAAUACAAGUGGGAAAUCUGACAGAAGUCCCUUUCCUGGAGAAAGAAAAAUUUCCUCUGGAUUUUUUCCCACAGUUCAAAUGGUCACGUAAGGGCUUCACGAGAACAAGGUGGAAGAUCAACAAGUGUGUGUUUGAUUUACUCAACAUUCACCUUUUCCAUGAUGCUUCAAACUUGAUAUCCAUUGAGGUGACUCCAUCAGUAUACAGUAAAAAUCGCAUGAGAGCUCUGGAUCAUGUUUUAGACAGAAUAACUAAGGGUGCAAUUCCUGUAGUUCCCCAUAUGUUAUUUGGUGACUUCAACUUCAGACUUGACAACAAGAAAGUGGUGGAGGCUCUCUGUGCUGGUCUUCCACAGCACCGUAUCAGGAAGGAAGGUGAGAGUACCCCUUCAAAGAUCAUCUACAGGGACAGAAAGAAGGCUGAUAAGGUUUUCCUAACACUGGAACCUCGAAUUUUCAAGGUCCAUGACCAAAGUAUAUUUAGAUAUCACAAUGGAAAGAAGUUUUCAAAGUACAAUAGGGAAUUUGACGUCUUCAAAGACAGACUGUUUGAGUUUGAUAUUUCAUUUUGUCCUAGCUAUCCUUUCAGUGAAAAGGUGAAGGAUUCAACAGUAUAUGGGGACUCCAGGUGUCCAUCUUGGUGUGACAGAAUAUUCUUGAGUCACUCAAGCAGAGCCAUAAUUAACCAGAGUAAAGGCUCAUCAGUAGUGUAUGACAUGAUGGGUAAACAAGUCUGUAUGGGAGAUCACAAGCCUGUGUUUUUGAAUUUUAACAUGGAUUCUUCUCAAGACACCCUUUCCAAAGGUGGACCUGGACUUGUCAGAAAUGGUGGACCUGUUGAAAUUGUAGAGUAUUUAACAAGUGUUUAAGACUCCACAACUUUCUGUUUCAUUUGGAGUUGAACUCUUUUACCUUAUGUCUUUACUGCACUCCAUGUGCAGAAAUUUAGUGUUAAAUUAGGUGUAAAGCACAUGUAGUGCUAUUUUAUUAGUGAACAGAACUGUCCACGUUGAAGGAGACGAGAUUGAGUUUUGCUUAAAUUACCCUUUCGUUCCAAUAAUUAUGUUUAUCUGCCCUCAGAACUAUUAAAUUUUUCUGCGCAUUGGUGAUGUAAAGAAAGAAACAUAAUUUAUUCAUUAGAGGAUUUUAUUUGAUCUGAUGCUUAAUUGCAGAGGCAAAAUUAUAAGCAAUGUAUGGCUAACAAUGUAGAGAAUCUAUAUUAAGAUUAAGAUUUUAGGAAUGAAUUGAUCAGUGAGUAGAUUUUAAACAGUUUUUCGUUGCUAGGCAAGAUUGCCUAAGGGCACUGAGGUUCACAGAUAGAACAAACAGUAUAUAGGAAGACAGUGUAACCAAAUAAGGUUUAGAUUAAUAACUCUAGCAAUGACUCAGAUUAUUUAUUUAAAAAUCAUAUAGAGAAUCAUUAAGAGAUUGUGUCAGUAAAAGUAUACUGAUGACCAUGCAAUGCUGGUGAAGUAGGCAUUCAACAGGCUGGGGCAGGUAAUUUAAGAUCUCAGUGCAUUCCCUCUCGUUUCGUUUUGUUUUGUUUUUUCCAUUCCAAAAGUUAGUAAAUAGAUGUAAGUCUUUGGCAUUCAAUUGCAGAACUGUUUUUGUGUUUGGCUUCAAUCCAAGAAUUGGCAACCUAAUAUCCACUGGCUGCCUUGUGCCUAAGUCGGUUUCAGAUCGAGAAUAGGUAGCAAUGCAUCUUUUUAUGACUAUGCUCUUUGUCCUGUUUUGAGGACUAGUUCUCUUUUGAAAUAAAAGCAAUCUCAGAAGAAGUAGAUUUCCCAAUUAAAGAAAACAACAUUUUAUUCUCCACUUUUUGCCUGCAGUGUACCUCUUAUGCCUCAUUGUGUAACAUUUAACAAGGAAAGUAAGGGAUUUCAGGGAAAAACAGAUGGUAACAUCUAACCGCAACAUACUAUUUUUUUUUGGAAUAAGCAUUUUGUUAUUGGCAAAUUUAGUUCAGAGAUCGAAACUUUUUUGUACAUAAAGGUGAGUUUUCAUCAGUUGCACUAAAUGAAUUUGAAAUCAUUGACUAAGUCCGGUUAAUCGGACUCCAGAGAUAUGAAACGACUAAUUACCAUUUCACCAUUCUUUUUAUGUAGAAAAUUCCACGCACGUUUAAAAGUAUUAAAAAGGAUCUUUCUCUUAGGCAUUCUUAAGUCGUGUACGCGGUUUUUUCAUUUAGUUAUAAGCAGACUUGUGAAAUAUUUAAGUAUUUAAUGGAAGUAUCUAGUGUCUAUCAGACAAGCAUUCGGUAGGUAAUAAAAUCAUAACCAUGGAUAA